AUCUGUCCAAAGUACCGGAAGUAGAAGAAAUUCUCUCCCUUUUUUUCCCUUCAUCGCCAUCGUCAGGCUGUCAAGAUGGUGCGCAUGAAUGUAUUAGCAGAUGCUCUCAAUUCAAUCUCUAAAGCUGAGAAGCGUGGAAAGCGCCAAGUGCUGCUAAGGCCAGCAUCAAAAGUGAUAGUUAAAUUCCUUGGUGUAAUGAUGAAACAUGGUUACAUUGGAGAAUUCGAACAGAUAGAUGAUCAUAGGAGCGGCAAAAUUGUUGUUAAUCUUACUGGCAGAUUAAAUAAGUGUGGUGUGGUGAGUCCAAGGUUUGAUGUCUCCAUCAGAGAUAUGGAAAAGUGGACCAACAACCUUCUUCCCUCCAGGCAGUUUGGCUUUAUUGUGUUGACUACAUCCAGUGGAAUCAUGGAUCAUGAGGAAGCAAGAAGAAAACACUUGGGGGGCAAGAUUUUAGGGUUUUUCUUUUAAUGUCAAGCUGCACUGAAUAAAUCUUUAAAAAUG